GCUGAGGACGCGCGCGGCGCUGCUCAAGGUCUCUCUCUCCGCACCCUCGCCGGCCGGUGUCUGACCCGGGUGCCAGGGGGCUCCGGGCACCUUUCAGUGUCCCUUCAGUCGGCCAGCCGGGACUCUGCAACCCAGACGCUGCCGCUGCGGCCACCGCCCGAGGGGACCUGCGGACAGGACGCCGGCAGGAGGAGGGGUGCGCGGCGCUCGCGCAGAGCGACUCUCCGCUGCGCAGCGAGACCCGGGCCUCCCCGCCCCAGGAGACCCCGGCUGCCUCGCCAGGUGUAUGGGACUGAAGUUCUUGAAGAAGGGAGUCCAACUCUUCAAGGUAAACUAUGACCACGUUACUCUUGCUGUUUGUGACUCUGAGGGUCAUCGCAGCCGCGGUAUCUGUAGAAGUUUCAGACCCUGACAACUCACUGAGUGUCAGCAUCCCCGAACCAUCCCCGCUGCGGGUCCUCCUGGGGACCUCCCUCACCGUCCCUUGCUAUUUCAUCCACCCCGUGCACCCGGUGACCACCGCGCCCUCCACCGCUCCCCUCGCCCCGAGGAUCAAGUGGAGCCGCAUUUCCAAGGAGGAGGAGGUGGUGCUGCUGGUGGCCACUGAAGGGCAGGUGCGGGUCAGCAGUGCCUACCAAGACAGGGCCUCGCUGCCCAACUACCCCGCCAUCCCCACCGACGCCACCCUGGAGCUCCAGAACCUGCGCUCCAAUGACUCCGGGAUCUAUCGCUGCGAGGUGAUGCACGGCAUCGAGGACAGCGAGGCCACCCUGGAGGUCGUGGUGAAAGGCAUUGUGUUCCAUUACAGAGCCAUCUCCACACGCUACACCCUGGACUUCGACAGGGCGCAGCGGGCCUGCCUGCAGAACAGUGCUAUCAUCGCCACGCCUGAACAGCUGCAGGCUGCCUAUGAGGACGGCUUCCACCAGUGCGACGCCGGCUGGCUGGCUGACCAGACCGUCAGGUACCCCAUCCACACUCCUCGGGAAGGCUGCUAUGGGGACAAGGAUGAGUUUCCCGGCGUGAGAACCUAUGGCAUCCGCGACACCAAUGAGACCUACGAUGUGUACUGCUUCGCCGAGGAGAUGGAGGGCGAGGUCUUCUAUGCAACGUCUCCGGAGAAGUUCACUUUCCACGAGGCAGCCAACGAGUGCCGGCGCCUGGGCGCCCGGCUGGCCACCACGGGCCAGCUCUACCUGGCCUGGCAGGGCGGCAUGGACAUGUGCAGCGCUGGCUGGCUGGCCGACCGCAGCGUGCGCUACCCCAUCUCCAAGGCCCGGCCCAACUGCGGGGGCAACCUCCUGGGCGUGAGGACCGUCUACCUGCACGCCAACCAGACCGGCUACCCCGACCCCUCGUCCCGCUACGACGCCAUCUGCUACACAGGUGAAGAUUUUGUGGACAUCCCAGAAGACUUCUUCGCGGUGAGUGGUGAGGAGGACAUCACCAUCCAGACGGUGACCUGGCCAGAUGUGGAGCUGCCUCCGCCCCGAAACAUCACCGAGGGUGAAGCCCGAGGCAGUGUGAUCCUCACUGUGAAACCCUUCUUUGAGGUCUCCCCCACUGUCCUGGAGCCUGAGGAGCCCUUCACAUCUGCUAUGGGGGCCACCGCCUUCCCUGAGGCGGAGAACGAGACUGGAGAGGCCACCUGGCCCUGGCGCGUUCCCGAGGGGUCCACGCCAGGCCUGGGCCCCAUCACGGCCUUCACCAGUGAGGACCUCGUGGUACAGGUGACCACAGCCCCAGAGGUCCCUGGACAGCCCCGAUUGCCAGGGGGGGUCGUGUUCCACUACCGCCCGGGCUCCGAUCGCUACUCGCUGACCUUCGAGGAGGCGCAGCAGGCCUGCCUGCGCACAGGGGCAGUCAUCGCCUCGCCUGAGCAGCUCCAGGCUGCGUAUGAAGCAGGCUAUGAGCAGUGCGACGCCGGCUGGCUGCGGGACCAGACCGUCAGAUACCCCAUUGUGAGCCCGCGGACCCCAUGCGUGGGCGACAUGAACAGCAGCCCCGGGGUCAGGACCUACGGCGUGCGCCCAUCGUCAGAAACCUACGAUGUCUACUGCUACGUGGACAAGCUCGAGGGGGAGGUGUUCUUCGCCACACGCCUGGAGCAGUUCACCUUCCAGGAAGCCCUGGAGUUCUGUGAAUCCCACAACGCCACCUUGGCCUCCACGGGCCAGCUCUAUGCCGCCUGGAGCCGCGGCCUGGACAAGUGCUACGCCGGCUGGCUGGCAGACGGAAGCCUCCGCUACCCCAUCGUCACCCCACGACCCGCCUGUGGCGGAGACAAGCCAGGCGUGAGGACCGUCUACCUCUACCCCAACCAGACAGGCCUCCCAGACCCACUGUCCCGGCACCAUGCCUUCUGCUUCCGAGGUGUCUCAGCAGCGCCCUCUCCAGGAGAAGAGGAGGGUGGCACACCCACAGCACCCUCUGGCGUGGAGGACUGGAUCACCACCCAAGUGGCGCCUGGCUUGGCUGCUGUCCCCUUGGGGGAGGAGACGACAGCAAUCCCAGCCUUCACCACUGAGCCAGAAAACCAGACGGAAUGGGAACCAGCCUACACUCCAGUGGGCACUUUCCCACUGCCAGGGAUUCCUCCUACGUGGCCUCCCACUAGUGCAGCAACAGAGGAGAGCACAGAAGGCCCCUCGGAAACAGAAGUGCCCUCGGCCUCGGAACAGCCAUCCCCCUCUGAGGAGCCGUUCCCCUGGGAGGAGCCAUCCACACCUUCACUCCCAGUGCCCAGCUGGACAGAGCUGCCCAGCUCUGGGGAGGCAUCAGGGGUGCCCGAAGUCAGUGGUGACUUCACAGGCAGUGGAGAAGCUUCAGGACACCUGGACUCCAGUGGGCACCCCUCAGAGGGAAGUGCAAGUGGACUGCCCUCUGAAGACCUUGACUCCAGUGGUCUUACCUCUGCAGUGGGCUCAGGCCUGCCUGUGGGCAGUGGACUGGCCUCAGGGGAUGAAGAUAGAAUUACGUGGCCCACCACUCCUACAGUUGGCCAGCUGCCCUCUGGAGGCGAGGGCCCAGAGGGCACUGCUUCUGGAGUAGGGGACCUCAGUGGGCUGCCUUCUGGAGAAGGUCCAGAAGCCUCUGUCUCUGGAGUAGGGGACAUCAGUGGACUUCCUUCUGGAGAAGAGAUUCAUCUAGAGACCUCAGCCUCUGGAGUAGAAGACCUCGGUGGACUUCCUUCUGGAGGAGAGAUUCAUCUAGAGACUUCUGCAUCUGGAGUGGAGGAUGUCGGUGGACUUCCUUCUGGAGGAGAGAUUCAUCUAGAGAUCUCUGCCUCUGGAGUAGAGGAUGUCAGUGGACUUCCUUCUGGAGGAGAGAUUCAUCUAGAGACCACCACCUCUGGAGUAGAGGACCUCAGUGGACUUCCUUCUGGAGGAGAGAUUCAUCUAGAGACCUCUGCCUCUGGAAUAGAGGACCUCAGUGGACUUCCUUCUGGAGGAGAGAUUCAUCUAGAGACCGCUACCUCUGGAGUGGAGGACAUCAGUGGACUUCCUUCUGGAGGAGAGAUUCAUCUAGAGACCACCACCUCUGGAGUGGAGGACCUCGGUGGACUUCCUUCUGGAGGAGAGAUUCAUCUCGAGACUACCACCUCUGGAGUGGAGGAUGUCAGUGGACUUCCUUCUGGAGGAGAGAUUCAUCUAGAGACCUCUGCCUCUGGAAUAGAGGACCUCAGUGGACUUCCUUCUGGAGGAGAGAUUCAUCUAGAGACCACUACCUCUGGAGUAGAGGACAUCAGUGGACUUCCUUCUGGAGGAGAGAUUCGUCUAGAGACCACUACCUCUGGAGUGGAGGACCUCGCUGGACUUCCUUCUGGAGGAGAGAUUCAUCUAGAGACCACCGCCUCUGGAGUGGAGGACCUCGGUGGACUUCCUUCUGGAGGAGAGAUUCAUCUAGAGACCACCACCUCUGGAGUGGAGGACCUUGGUGGACUUCCUUCUGGAGGAGAGAUUCAUCUAGAGACCACCACCUCUGGAGUGGAGGACCUCAGUGGACUUCCUUCUGGAGAGAUUCAUCUAGAGACCACCACCUCUGGAGUGGAGGACCUUGGUGGACUUCCUUCUGGAGGAGAGAUUCAUCUAGAAACCACAGCCUCUGGAGUAGAGGAUGUGAGUGGACUUCCUUCUGGAGGAGAGAUUCAUCUAGAGACCACUACCUCUGGAGUGGAGGACCUUGGUGGACUUCCUUCUGGAGGAGAGAUUCAUCUAGAGACCACCACCUCUGGAGUAGAGGACCUCGGUGGACUUCCUUCUGGAGGAGAGAUUCAUCUAGAGACCACAGUCUCUGGAGUAGAGGACGUGGGUGGACUUCCUUCUGGAGGAGAGAUUCAUCUAGAAACCUCUACCUCUGGAGUGGAAGACCUCAGUGGACUUCCUUCUGGAGGAGAGAUUCAUCUAGAGACCACUGCCUCUGGAGUGGAGGACCUUGGUGGACUUCCUUCUGGAGGAGAGAUUCAUCUAGAGACCUCUGCCUCCGGAGUGGAGGACCUCAGUGGACUUCCUUCUGGAAGAGAGAUUCAUCUAGAGACCUCUGCCUCUGGAGUAGAGGACCUCAGUGGACUUCCUUCUGGAAGAGAGAUUCAUCUAGAGACCUCUGCCUCUGGAGUGGAGGACCUCAGUGGACUUCCUUCUGGAAGGGAAGGACUAGAGACCUCUGUUUCUAGAGCUGAGGACCUCAGUGGGUUGCCUUCUGGAAAAGAAGACUUGAUUGGGUCAGCUUCUGGAGCCUUGGACUUUGGCGGAAUACCUUCUGGAACUCUAGGAAGUGGGCAAGUGCCAGAAGCAAGUGGCCUUCCCUCUGGAUUUAGUGGUGAGCAUUCUGGGGUGGACCUUGGAAGUGGCCCAUCUUCUGGGCUGCCUGACUUUAGUGGACUUCCAUCUGGGUUCCCAACUGUCUCCCUAGUGGAUACCACAUUGGUGGAAGUGGUAACAGCCACCACUGCAGGUCAACUGGAAGGGAGGGGAACCAUUGGCGUCAGUGGUGCUGGAGAAAUAUCUGGGCUGCCCUUCAGCGAGGUGGACAUUAGUGGGGGAGCUAGUGGACUCCCUUCAGGAGCUGAACUCAGUGGCCAGGCCUCUGGGUCUCCUGACAUCAGUGGGGAAACAUCUGGACUCUUUGGCGUCAGUGGACAGCCAUCAGGGUUUCCUGACAUCAGUGGGGGAACAUCUGGGCUUUUUGAGGUCAGUGGGCAGCCAUCAGGAUUUUCUGGGGAAACAUCUGGAGUGACUGAUUUUAGUGGACUGUCCUCUGGACAACCAGAUGUCAGUGGAGAAGCUUCUGGAGUUCUUUUUGGCAGUGGUCAACCAUUUGGCAUAACCGACCUGAGUGGAGAAAUAUCUGGGGUCCCUGAUCUCAGUGGGCAGCCAUCAGGGUUGCCAGGGUUCAGUGGGACAACAUCUGGAAUACCUGACCUGGUUUCCAGUGCCGUGAGUGGCAGUGGUGAAACUUCUGGCAUUACAUUUGUGGACACCAGUUUGGUCGAAGUAACCCCAACUACCUUUAAAGAAGAAGAAGGUUUAGGGUCCGUGGAACUCAGCGGCCUCCCUUCAGGGGAGGCAGAUCUCUCAGGCACAUCUGGGAUAGUGGAUGUCAGUGGACAAUCUUCUGGAGCAAUUGACUCCAGUGGGUUUACAUCCCAGCCUCCAGAAUUCAGUGGCCUGCCAAGUGGAGUAGCCGAGGUCAGCAGAGAAUCCUCUGGAGCUGAGAUUGGGAGCAGCCUGCCCUCGGGAGCAUAUGACGGCAGUGGACUUCCGUCUGGUUUCCCCACUGUCUCUCUUGUAGACAGAACUUUUGUGGAGUCUGUAACCCAGGCUCCAACAGCCCAAGAAGCAGGAGAAGGGCCUUCGGGCAUUUUGGAGCUCGGCGGUGCCCAUUCUGGAGCACCAGACACGUCUGGGGACCAUUCGGGACUUUUGGACUUAAGUGGGCUGCAGUCCGGGCUGGUAGAGCCCAGUGGAGAGCCAUCAAGUACUCCGUAUUUUAGUGGGGACUUGUCUGGCACCGUUGAUGUAAGUGGGGAAUCCUCUGCGGCCACAAACACCAGUGGAGAAGCCUCAGGACUUCCAGAAGUUACUUUAAUUGCUUCUGAGUUCGUGGAGGGUGUUACUGAACCAACUGUUUCCCAGGAACUCGGCCAAAGACCCCCUGUGACAUACACCCCCCAGCUUUUUGAGUCCAGUGGAGAAGCCUCUGCGUCUGGGGAAGUUAGUGGAGCUACACUCAGGUUCCCCGGGUCUGGAGCAGAAGCGUCGUCAGUCCCAGAAUCCAGCAGCAAGACAUCUGCCUAUCCUGAGGCUGGGGUGGCAGUAUCCGCUGCCCCCGAGGCCAGCGGAGGAGCUUCCGCGUCCCCCGAUCUGAGUGAAGCCACCUCUGCCCCCCGGGAAGCUGAUCUGGAGGGAGUCUCCGGCCUGAGGGUGAGCGGUAGCACGUCUAGCUUUCAGGAAGGCCCCAGGGAGGGUUCGGCCACCCUGGAAGUGAGUGGAGAGUCAACCACCACCUAUCACGUGGACACAGAGGCAUCAGGCUGGCCUUCAGCCACUCCCGUGGCUUCUGGAGACAGGACUGAAAGCAGCAGACACCCGUCUGGUCACACCUCAGGCCUGGAUGUGGUCAUCAGCACCGGCAUCCCAGAGGCCAAGUGGACCCAGCAGACCCAGCGCCCUGCAGAGGCGCUUCUAGAAAUCGAGUCCUCAAGCCCCUUGUACUCAGGAGAAGGAACCCAAACAGCCGAAACAGCCAUCUCCCCAACAGAGGCUUCCAUCCCAACUUCUCCAGGAGGGCCAGAUGUGUCAGAGGCAACCAUUGCAGACCAGGAGCUGUGUGAGAAGGGCUGGACCAAGUUCCAGGGCCACUGCUACCGCUACUUCCCCGACCGAGAGACCUGGGUGGACGCCGAGAGCCGGUGUCGGGAGCAGCAGUCACGUCUGACCAGCAUCGUCACCCCUGAGGAGCAGGAGUUUGUCAACAACAAUGCUCAAGACUACCAGUGGAUCGGCCUGAAUGACAGGACCAUCGAAGGGGACUUCCGCUGGUCCGAUGGACACUCCUUGCAAUUUGAGAACUGGCGCCCCAACCAGCCUGACAACUUCUUUACGGCUGGCGAGGACUGCGUGGUGAUGAUCUGGCAUGAGAAGGGCGAGUGGAACGACGUUCCCUGCAAUUACCAACUGCCCUUCACGUGUAAAAAGGGCACAGUGGCCUGCGGAGACCCCCCCGUGGUGGAGCACGCCAGAACCUUCGGGCAAAAGAAGGCCCGGUACGAGAUCAAUUCCCUGGUGCGGUACCAGUGCACCGAGGGCUUCGUCCAGCGCCACGUGCCCACCAUCCGGUGCCAGCCCAGCGGGCAGUGGGAGGAGCCCCGGAUCACCUGCACAGACCCCGCCAGUUACAAGCGCAGACUACAGAAGCGGAGCUCCCGGCCCCCACGGAGGAGCCGCCCCAGCACGGCCCACUGAGAGGGGCUGCCAGGACGCGCCCAGGAUGCUGAGCCCAGGAGCCUUGCCAGGCUGACAUCCCACACGGAUGGUGUCCUCUUCUUGUCGCUUUCUGUCCUAUAAGGAAUUCCAUUAAAGAAGGAAAAAAAUAAAUCCCACAUUAUGUAUGCACCCACCCGCCCGCCCCCCAAAUCACCAACACUGCAUCUAAUUUUCCCCCCAAAUGCCAAAGCACAGCAAAUGUAUUGUAACCCGUGGACUGAGUUUAGAGACUUUUCUUCAAUCUCCCGAUGUGCCUUUCCAGGGACCAGUGCAGGGACAGGGGGAGAAGGGGAGGGGUUAAGUUAAAUAAAGAAGAUUAUUUUUUGUUUCCUGACUGUAUCCAAGAGCAGUGCAAUCGUUGGUUCUUUCACGUCCAGGGAGAGCU